CCGGCGCGGCGACGGCGGCGUCUCCUCCACUGUGGGCCGGGCUCGUCAGGCCGGGGCAGUUGGUCUGUGGGGUGUGGAAGCGACCGAGCCCGGACUAUGGAUGGCUCCUUCGUCCAGCACAGUGUACGAGUUCUGCAAGAACUCAAUAAGCAGCGCGAGAAGGGUCAGUACUGUGACGCCACGCUGGACGUGGGGGGCCUGGUGUUCAAGGCACACUGGAGCGUCCUUGCCUGCUGCAGUCACUUCUUCCAGAGCCUCUAUGGAGACGGCUCCAGGGGCAGCGUGGUCCUCCCUGCGGGCUUCGCAGAGAUCUUUGGCCUCUUGCUGGACUUUUUCUACACCGGUCACCUUGCCCUCACCUCAGGGAACAGGGAUCAAGUGCUCCUGGCGGCCAGGGAGUUACGAGUGCCCGAGGCCGUGGAACUGUGCAAGAGCUUUCAGCCCCAAACCUCCGUGGGCCAGGCACCAAGUGGCCAGAGCGGACUGGGGACACCUGUCUCACAGGAUGUGAAAGGCCACCUCAAGGAGCCAUCCGACUUAGAGGAAGACGAAGUCUCGAAGACUCUGGGCAUGGUGCCCAGGGAUCAGGAGCCCUUGGGCACUCAGAGCCCUCAGCAGCUCAGUUGCCCUGCACGGAGCAGCCCCUCCUUCCUCUGUGGGAAACUCAAGCAAGCUCUAAGGCCUUGUCCCUCGGAGGACAAGGACCCCGGGGACUGCAAAGUGUUCAUGAGGCCCUUUGAGGCUGAAGAUGCCCCACUGCAGCGAGAGAGUCAUGAGUGGGAAGUGGUGGUUCAAGUGGAGGACGACGGGGAUGGGGAUUACGUUUCUGAGCCUGAAACUGUGCUGACCAGGAGGAAGUCGAAAGUAACGAGCAAGCCCUGUGUUGCCGAACCCGCCUCGGGUGCAGGCUCCCCAGCAGCCGCGCCCGCUGAGAGCAGAAAGGGCACAGCGGUGCCGGUCGAGUGCCCCACAUGCCAUAAAAAGUUCCUCAGCAAAUAUUACCUAAAAGUCCACAACAGGAAACACACUGGGGAGAAGCCCUUUGAGUGUCCCAAAUGUGGGAAGUGCUACUUCCGGAAGGAGAACCUGUUGGAGCAUGAAGCCCGGAAUUGCAUGAACCGCUCGGAACAGGUCUUCACGUGCUCCGUGUGCCAGGAGACCUUCCGCCGGAGGACGGAGCUGCGGGUGCACAUGGUGUCGCACACGGGGGAGAUGCCCUACAAGUGCUCCUCCUGCUCCCAGCAGUUCAUGCAGAAGAAAGACCUGCAGAGCCACAUGAUCAAGCUGCACGGAGCUCCCAAGCCGCACGCGUGCCCCACCUGCGCCAAGUGCUUCCUGUCGCGCACGGAGCUGCAGCUGCACGAGGCCUUCAAGCACCGCGGGGAGAAGCUGUUCGUGUGCGAGGAGUGCGGGCACAGGGCCUCCAGCCGCAACGGGCUGCAGAUGCACAUCAAGGCUAAGCACAGGAACGAGAGGCCCUACGUGUGUGAGUUCUGCAGCCACGCGUUCACCCAGAAGGCCAAUCUCAACAUGCACCUGCGCACGCACACGGGCGAGAAGCCCUUCCAGUGCCACCUCUGCGGCAAGACCUUCCGCACCCAAGCCAGCCUGGACAAGCACAACCGGACCCACACCGGCGAGAGGCCCUUCAGCUGCGAGUUCUGCGAGCAGCGCUUCACGGAGAAGGGGCCGCUGCUGCGGCACGUGGCCAGCCGCCACCAGGAGGGCCGGCCCCACUUCUGCCAGAUCUGCGGCAAGACCUUCAAAGCGGUAGAGCAGCUACGCGUGCACGUCAGACGACACAAGGGCGUGAGGAAGUUCGAGUGCACUGAGUGUGGCUACAAGUUCACUCGGCAGGCCCACCUGCGGAGGCACAUGGAGAUCCACGACCGCGUGGAGAACUACAACCCCCGGCAGCGCAAGCUCCGCAACCUGGUCAUCGAGGACGAGAAGGUGGUGGUGGUGGCCCUGCAGCCCCCCGCCGAGCUGGAGGUGGGCUCGGCCGAGGUCAUCGUGGAGUCCCUGGCCCAGGGCGGCCUGGCCACCCAGCUCCCCGGCCAGAGACUGUGCGCCGAGGAGAGCUUCGCCGGCCCGGGCGUCCUAGAGCCCUCGCUGCUCAUCACGCCUGCCGACCCCGAGGACUGCGACACGUAACCCACCCUGCCCACCCGGCCCCGCCCCCAAUAAAAACGGGGCUUCAU